AUUCAAAAUCCCUCUCCAAAAACAUUUGCGUUUUAGUGCGCCAAUAAAUCGACCCUCCCACCACUCCCAAAACCCAGACCACUCCCUCCACUGUUCAUCUUCAUCCUCACUUUACUGUUCUUCACUCUCCACCGCCGAAUAGUCAUAAUGGGUACUCAAGUUUCCGACCUCCCCUGCGACGGAGACGGAGUCUGCAUGGCGUGCAAGGGAAAACCGUCAGCAGACGAGAGCUUGAUUUGCAACACAUGCGUCACUCCCUGGCAUGUUGCCUGCCUCUCCGUACGCCCGGAGUCGAUGUCUGACGCUGUCCGGUGGGAAUGUCCGGACUGUUCUCCACCCCCCACUGAAGAUAUUCAUCUUGCAGUGAAGGCGGCGUCGGUAGUGCAGGCUUCUUCGUCGGCCGGCGACCUGAUUGCAGAAAUUCGGGCUAUUGAAGCCAACGAGUCCCUGACCGACAGGGAGAAGGCCAAGAAAAGGCAAGAGCUCUUGAGUGGGGGCGUUAAGGCUGUUGAGGCCGACUCCCGGCAGAAAAACAGCUGUGGAAACAACGAGGUUCUCAAUCUCCUGGAUGAGAGCUUGAACUGCUCCAUAUGUAUGCAGCUCCCAGACAGGCCUGUUACGACUCCAUGUGGCCACAAUUUUUGCUUGAAGUGCUUUGGCAAGUGGGUUGGUCAGAAUAAGCUCACUUGUGCAAAUUGUCGUGCUAAUAUUCCUCACAAAAUGGCUAGUCAACCUCGAAUCAAUUCUGCACUUGUUAUGGCAAUCAGGAUGGCUAAGUUGUCAAAACAAAACGUGUCCGAAGGAACUUCAAGAACGUACCAUCUUAUUCACAAUCAAAACAGACCGGAUAAAGCAUUUACAACGGAGCGGGCUAAAAAAGCUGGAAAGUCUAAUGCUGCAAGUGGAAAAAUUUUUGUCACUAUACCAAAAGACCAUUUUGGACCAAUUCCUCCGGAACACGAUCCACAACGAAAUUUGGGUGUCUUAGUUGGAGAAAGUUGGGAAGAUAGGCUUGAGUGUAGACAAUGGGGUGCUCACUUUGUGCAUGUUGCUGGAAUUGCUGGUCAAGGAGACUAUGGGGCUCAAUCAGUUGCGCUUUCUGGUGGAUAUGUAGAUGAUGAGGACCAUGGAGAGUGGUUCCUCUACACAGGAAGUGGUGGAAGAGACUUGAGUGGAAAUAAAAGGACAAACAAGGAUCAAGCAUUUGAUCAAAAAUUUGAAAGGGGUAAUGAAGCCCUACGUCUCAGUUGCCGCAAAGGAUAUCCUGUCCGUGUAGUGAGAUCGUUCAAGGAGAAGCGGUCUUCAUAUGCUCCAGAGAAGGGAGUACGCUAUGAUGGAAUUUACAGGAUAGAGAAAUGUUGGCGCAAAGAUGGAAUUCAAGGAUAUAAAGUUUGUCGGUAUCUGUUUGUACGGUGUGAUAAUGAACCUGCUCCAUGGACAAGUGAUCACAUUGGGGACCGCCCUAGGCCAUUGCCUAAUAUUAAGGAGUUAAAGUGUGGUGCUAUCGAUAUAACUGAAAGAAAGGGAGACCCUGCUUGGGAUUUUGAUGAGGAAAAAGGUUGUUGGCUUUGGAAAAGACCUCCUCCAGCUAGUAGAAUGCCCAACUGUGAAAUGGAUGAAGAUGGAAAUGUUGUGAAGAAAGUUAAGCCAUCCAAAAAGAAAGUAUCCAUGAAGGAAAGGCUCCUAAAGGAGUUCAGCUGUCUUAUUUGCCGCAAAGUGAUGGUUGAUCCUCUCACUACACCGUGUGCCCAUAACUUCUGCAAGGCGUGUUUAGAAGCCUCUUUUACAGGCCAAUCUUUCAUGAAACAGAGGACUUGUGGUGGAAGAAGGACAUUGCGGACACAGAAGAAUGUAAUGGGUUGCCCGUCUUGCAAGAAUGAUAUAUCCGACUUCCUCCAGAAUCCACAGGUUAAUAGGGAGUUGAUGGCUUUAAUUGAAUCCCUCCAGUCCAAAGUUGAGGAAGAGAACAUGGAGUCCAGCGAAGUUAAUGUCAACUCUGAUGGUGUAGAUGAAGAGGGAAGUGAAGAAAUUGAAGAAGGAUGUGAUGAAGAGAAUAAAGAGAUUUGUGAUAUGGAUGAGGAUAAUAUGAAGAACACAAAGGUUGACCAAGUUGAGAAGCCAACUUCUGAACAAAAACCCUCUUUGAAGAGGAAACUAGGCACCAAGGGAAAGAACACCGAAGCAACAGGUGAAGUUAAAAAAACCAAGUAAAAUGCAGGGCACUGCAAAUAAAUGUAUGCGACUAACUACUAAGAGUAGGGCUUAAUCCAGUUUGGGUUCCUAGUCAAAAUUGGAUAUCCAAAAAACUUAACAAGCAUUUUUAGUUUUCUGGAUAUUCAAAGCCUAAACUGAACCAUGUGUGGUCUUGAACCUAGUUUUUGGGGACUGAAUUUUUGAUUAGCUUUUGUGACAAACUGAAUUGCUCUUCUAGUUUUAAAACAUUAAAGCUUGCUAUUGUGAUCUAUAUUAUCGCUAUUUGAUUUCCC